UCAUCGCAUCGUGAUCUGCUUCCAGACGAGUCCCCCCCCUCUUCGCCUCCUCCACCUCCUCCGCUGUCCCACUGUCCUCCCGUGAUUCUCCGCGUCCAGCCGCUCCUAGAGGCUAGAGCCCCCGGCGCCACCGCCGCUCGCUCCUCUCGCCCUCCGCGCGGCGCUCACGGCGAUGGAUGAGUGGGUUCGCCAGGCCGAGGAGUGGGCGGGCCAGGCCGAGCGCUGGAUCCGCCAGCAGCCCCCGGAGCAGAUUUACGUCGCCGUCGCCGUGAUUGCCGUCACAAUUCUGGUGCUCCUCGCAGCUUCUUGUCUGAAAUCAUCGAAACCAAACACCAUUGUGCUAUCCGGGCUAAGUGGAAGUGGUAAAACUAUUCUUUUCUACCAGCUUCGCGAUGGAUCAUCUCAUCAAGGAACUGUGACAUCGAUGGAUCCUAACAAUGAUACGUUUGUGCUAAAUUCAGAGCUUGAAAGGAAAGGCAAAGUAAAACCUGUCCAUGUUGUUGAUGUUCCUGGUCAUGCAAGACUGAAACCCAAGCUGGAUGAAUUCCUGCCUCGGGCAGCUGGAGUUGUUUUUGUUGUUGAUGCUCAGGAUUUCUUGUCUAGCAUGCAAGCUGCUGCAGAGUACUUAUAUGACAUUUUGACGAAGGCUACUGUGGUGAAGAAAAGGGUUCCUGUUCUUAUAUUCUGCAAUAAAACAGACAAAGUUACGGCUCACUCGAAGGAGUUCAUCAAGAAGCAGCUGGAAAAAGAAGUGAACAAGCUUCGGGAAUCGAGGAAUGCCAUAUCAUCUGCUGACAUCACUGAUGAAGUCGAGCUUGGUGUCCCUGGAGAGGCAUUCAACUUCAGUCAAUGCCAGAACAAGGUGACAGUUGCUGAAGGCGCUGGUCUCACCGGCAAUGUUUCAGCAGUCGAGCAAUUCAUCCGCGAGCACGUCAGGGCUUAGAUUGUCUCAUCCUUUCAGAGUAGUGAUUAUGUGUCUCUCCAGAAUUGCUGUCUGAGUUCGGGACUAGUUUUACCUGAUGAAAGAAGGGCUACCAUGGGUGUGCUGACUCUGUAGAUGUGUAACGAUUUGCACUGCUAGCUCCUGACUGACGUUGACUCACAUGAUUGGUGGUUUUCACAUGAAUAUUUCACAAGUUUCAGACGAAACUGCCAUAUUCCGAAAGGGGCAUAAAUGAUUUCAAAACUAUUGCUAUUCUGUCUA